UCAGUCAGUACUGCCAGUGUCGCCGCACGUAACUGUUGUACAAGACAUAACUGGCAGUUUGUGACGACCCUCAAUAACGGAUUGUGGACGACCACGACGCCGACGCUUGCUUAUCGGUCGUCGAUUACGCGUUUGGUGAUCGCUGAUAACAGUUCUUUGAGUGUCCUAUCCUUAAUGACGACCUCGACUGCUAGUGAUGGUUGAGAUGUGACUGACAGAUCGGUUGAUGCGACGUCAUUCGGCUGUGGCAAACGUUAACAGGAAGACAAGGCACUGAAUAUCAAAGAACGACAUUAUUUCUUGAACUAAUUGUAAUGGAGACCGUGUAGAGGGCGCAUUUCACUAUGCAGAUUCGUUCUCUUAGUUCCAUAGUGUCAUAUUUCAACAGUUCUGCGUUGUGACACAGACCAGAAAAGAAAGAAACAGCGUGGUGAAACAGUGAAAAAUCUAAUAAAGACUAAAAAAUUAUGAAUCAUGGAUGUUAACAAGACACAGUUAACGCAACACAGUAAACAAAACAGUCUAGUCAUCUUUGGACAACAAGUAUUAACAGUAAGGAUGACGCGACUUCCGAGAUGGCCGGUGAUGCUGGCGCUCCUAGCGGUGCUGCCAGGCCUCGUCCUCAGCCACGACAUCGACGACACCUUGGAGAGCUCGAACACCACGUCGCAUUCCCGAGUAAAGAGAGUGAUCUACUUGACGAGUGAGCGCCGCCUGACUCUCCCGCCGGAGACUGUGCUGGUCCUCACGCCCACCCUCAGUCUGCCCUUCGCCAGGAACUUACCGGUGGGCUACGGCGCUUCGAUGACGAUCUCGAUCCCCUUCAAGAUUGGAUUUGAUGACCUUGGUUUGACCUCCGAUGAGAAUCCUUGGGGUAUUUGGCCAAGCUUCGGAUUAUUUAGGAAGAAGAGAGACACCUUCACCUACCCUGGCGUCAACUAUGCGGGAGGAGACAGAGAGAUGAUGUACCAGGUCGUUGAAGACACUUUGUUCAACAUGGGCAUGAAUGGAAAGGGAUGCCUCCUGAGAGCCAUCUGCGAAAUGUUCCAGUAUCCCCUUCAGAACCACGGUUUCUUUGGUGAAGUCCUCGAACUUUUCUUCAGCGCCAGCCGGUCUCCACACGCCGAGAAGAGACUGAACGAGUACACGAGAGCUGAGAGAACCGGCAGAUCGACUGGAGACUGUUUCGAGUACCAAGAAUUGUGUCCUCAUUCUUUCUUCACCAACCCUGGGCAAACGAAAUGGCUAGAGGCCGAGAAAUACAUGGACCAGUAUUCCGAAGGAGGAAACACGCGUGCGGACGAUAAAGUUACGAAGAAGGCAACGGAAGAAAGUCCGAAGAAGACGACGAAAAAGAAUACUGAUAAGAAGGCGCAAAGGUCAAAAAGGACAUAUAAUUAAUCUUGUAAUAGAGUAAUGUACAAAAUGACAAUAGUAGGCAUUCAGUGGUUGCGUUGCCCAAUUUUUUAUUAUUAUUAUGCUGUGUGAUUCAUCUGUGAAUUUGUUUUUUUUUAUCCAUGUUUUUUGUUGUUGUGCUCAGUAAAGUUUUGCUGUAUUAGUCGUUAGUAAUGAUAUAUUACAAGAUGAUUUUCUCCUGUAAUUUGGGCAUCUUAACCAGACAUUACAAAAAUCCUAUGAUUAUGCAUUACGCCUGUCCCAGUAUUCCUGUGAUGUGAGACUGCCUGUGCAUCAACCCUGUCUCCGACCCAAAAGGCGUUGGAAUCUUUAAAGGUUUAGAAAAAGACUUUGCUUGUAUGUAUACCAACUACGUUUUGUGGAAUGUUUUAAAAUACUGUUUGGAAACCUUGGUCGGGAUAGGCUGCCGUGCAGUUUCUUUCUUUUUCCUUUAUUAUUGUCUUAGGUUAUGUAAAGAAAGGUGAUUCACACGUACUAUUAAAAAAAAAUCAUUUGUAGUCUUCCAAUAUACGGUUCUUUUAAUAUGUCUGCUUGAUACAGAUAUAUUUCAGAAAAUAGAUUAUUUCAGUACGUGUAGUUCAUUAGAAGAUCUCUCAUGUGUUUUCCUUUUUGCUCCUUAACUUUAAACAAAACUGAUUCCAGUAUUAUGCAUAAGAGAGCUACUAGUAGCAAUUCCCAGUUACGUACUGCACUCCGAUUCCAUUAGCUCUAAUCACCCCAUGUUGCAUUGUAAGAAUCCUCAUUGAAUACUAUCAUCACCUCUCUUAUAGGUCUUAUCUUCUAUCAGCUGACCUCAAGACAUAAUCGCGAAAAGCAUAUUUCGUUUUAGAAAACUGACAAACGCAGUGUGUGAAAGAACUCGUACGUGUGUUCGUUUGUUGACUCGGUUCAGAAAACUGUUGGGUUAUUGACAGAGUUGAAAGGAGUGUAUACUCAAGCACAACCUGUUCCCGAUACACUCUUUGCUAUUAUUAUUUUGUAAUUUGUUUAAAUAUUUGUUGUUAAUAUUGUUAUUUUCUGUAACGCUAAAGUGAACCGAGAUAAUGGUCGAUUGUGCUUUGAUUCUGUAAAGGAAACAAGCAGAAAACAACAUACUUCAGUUCUGUUAUUUAUGGUCAAACAUAGAUUUAACUGCAGUUGAAUUUUUGAUAUCUCUGUUUACAUUCAUUCCAAACUUAUUUCUCUAUGGCAUUAUUCAGUCUCUAAAGAACUCCGUACUUCUUUGUCACAGACGACAAUGUAUGAAUCGGGCUGUUCUCGGGCAUGCUUGUAGAUUAUGGUAUCUUUAUUAAUGUACAAGAAGACGAAGAAAGA